AUGAGUGACUAUAAGGCCAGCGAUGAUGACAAACACAGUAUCGCCAGGCGUGAGAGGACCGGUAGCUUAUCGGCCGUACCUACGGGCAGUGCACCGGCCAUACCUAUUAGAUACAUGGUGGCCGGGCUGGUGUUACUGUGCACAUUCAACCUGUACAUGUGCCGUAUUAACCUAAGCACGGCUAUCAUAGUAGGUGGGCGAUUGGCCGAGAUUUUUGGUGCUAAAUGGUUGUGCGCGGGUGGUAUAGGUAUGUCUAUACUGGUGAACGCGCUGACACCAAUGAUAGCCAGGUCACUGCAUUAUUGGCUACUAUUGGCCAGUCGUGUGGUGUUGGGUAUGUUUCAGGCGUUCAUAUUUCCGUCGUGUUAUGCCUUGUUUUCCAAGUGGGCGCCCGACCACGAGCGCAGUACUUUCCUAUCAUUCCCGACAAUUGGCGGUAAUAUCGGCACAAUAGCUACCAGCUCACUGUCAGGCUACCUGUCCGAAAAUGGCUUCGAUGGGGGUUGGCCCUCGGUGUUUUAUGUGUCAGCUAUGAUAGCCAUGGUUUGGAUGAUACUGUGGAUACUAUUAGUGAAAAGUGAGCCCAAAGAUCAUCCCUGGGUAUCUCAUCACGAGUUGCAUUACAUUCACUCCAAUAUUAAGUCUAAUAAAACUGGUGGACAACCUAUUAAGAGGUCUGUCCCGUGGGUUAAGAUUUGCACAUCGAAAGCCGUGUUAUCCGUGUUUUUGGUGAAGUUCACAAUGAACUGGAAUUAUGUAUUAUUUUUACUUAAGCUACCUGCCUACUUUGAUACAGUUUUUAAAUACUCAGUGUCCAAGUUAGACAUGACAAACAACUUCACGGCCACAGUGUUCGCCAUCGGGAAUACCAUAGCGUUUACAUGCGGUGUCAUAACACCCCUCGUGAUCGGGUAUAUACUGGAGGCUAACGACGACACCCCCCGUAAGCAAUGGGGUUAUGUUUUCUAUAUGUCGGGCGCUAUCAAUAUAUGCGGGGGUUUAGUGUUCGCUAUAUUUGGUUCAGCGAAACAACAGGAUUGGGAUAAAGACCCGGAUAGUCAACAAAAUGACAAUAAAAUUAUUACCAGAAUAUAA